CCUGCUUUUUGGGGUCUUAUAAAUCCAGAAUGGUCAUUGUGCAACAAGGGCAGGCGACAAUCUCCGGUUAAUUUAGAGCCGAAUAAACUGCUAUUUGACCCCAAUCUUCGCCCCCUUCACGUCGAUAAACAUAGGGUGAGCGGAUCAAUGAUGAAUACCGGCCACAGUGUGAUAUUCACCGUCGAAAACGAUACCAGGCAACACAUCAAUGUGACCGGAGGUCCCUUAUCGUAUAAAUAUCAAUUUCAGGAGAUCCACAUUCACUACGGCCUUCACGACCAGUUCGGCUCUGAACAUUCCAUAAAUGGAUAUGCCUUUCCUGCCGAGAUCCAGAUUUUCGGCUUCAACUCACAGCUUUACUCCAACUUCUCGGAGGCAUUGCACAAAGCUCAAGGGAUCGUAGUUAUUUCGCUCCUUUUGCAGUUGGGAGACCUUUCGAAUCCUGAGCUUAGGAUUCUAACGGAUCAGAUGGAUAAAAUACGUUAUGGAGGUAAGGAAAGAUCUGUCUAA